AUGAGUUCUUCCAAAAGACGGAUUGAAAAGGAUGUUAUGGAUCUUAUGAUGAGUGACCAUGAGGUUAGUCUCAUAGAAGAUUCCAUCCAACAAUUUUUUGUUUUAUUUAAUGGUCCAAAAGAUACCCCUUAUUCCGGAGGAGUUUGGAAAGUUCGAGUUGAAUUACCAGAUCAAUAUCCAUUAAAAUCUCCGUCCAUUGGAUUCAUCAACAAAAUAUACCACCCUAAUAUCGACGAAACGUCUGGGUCGGUUUGUCUCGAUGUUAUAAACCAAACCUGGUCCCCUAUGUUUGGUUUAUUAAACAUAUUUGAGAACUUUUUACCCCAUUUACUUAGAUAUGCUAACCCAAGCGAUCCUUUGAACACCGAGGCUUCCAAUUUAAUGAAUAAAGACGAAAAAAGAUAUACUGAAACAGUUAAGAAAUAUGUCAAUCAAUAUGCUAAGAACAUUCUGAUCGACGAAGAUGACGAAGCCGAAAAUAAUGAAGCCAAUGAUGAAGAUGAUGAACUUAGUGAUGUAGGAAGCUUAUCUAGUGACGAUGAUGAAGAUGAAGGCGAUGAUCAAUGA